AUGUUGGAAACUAACAAAACCACAGUAAAAUAUUUUAUUUUGUUGGCUUUUGCUGAUUUGAACCAAUUCCAGAAUAUUCUUGUCUUUGUUUUUCUAUUGACCUACAUUACAUGUAUCAUGGGGAAUGUUGCUAUCAUUGUUCUUGUUAGAGUAGAUCCUUCUCUUCAUACCGUAAUGUAUUUUUUUAUUAGUGUAUUCGCUAUUUUAGAAAUUGUACUUGUGACUGUCAGUGUCCCAAAACUGUUAGCCAAUCUGAUUUCAGCUAAUAAUGUUAUUUCUUUCACUGACUGCUUUACUCAAAUGUACAUUUUCCUUUCCUUGGGUGCAACUGAAUGCUAUCUUCUUGUAGUAAUGGUCUUUGACCGACACCUAGCUAUUAACAAUCCCUUACACUACCAAGCUAUAAUGACACCUACGUUUUGUAUUAAGUUGGCACUUUUACCAUGGAUCAUAGGAUUUGCUAUUAUUUUUGUCCCAGUUAUCAUCACAGUGCAUUUGGACUUCUGUGGUCCUAAUGAGAUUGACCACUUCAUCUGUGACUUGGCUCCGCUGCAGAAUUUAGCAUGUUCUGAUCCCUUUAUUAGCAACAUAUCUACAAGUGCAGUUGCUCUACUAAAUGGUGCUCUGACCUUUAUUACAAUCAUAGGAUUCUACAUCCGUAUAAUAAUGAUGGUUUCAAAGAUCAAGAGUGAGAAAGGAAAACAGAAGGCAUUUUCUACAUGUACAUCUCACCUCAUCAUAGCCACUCUAUUUUAUGGAACAGGCACCAUUGUGUAUGUAAAACCAAAAGGAAGCCAUUAUGACAAAUAUAUUGCUUUUAUGUACACAGCAUUCACACCUAUGAUUAACCCUUUUAUUUAUACCUUUAGAAAUAGGGAUGUAAAAAAGGCUUUAAAGAAUUCAAUAAACCAUCUAAUAAAUAUAGUUUCAAUGUAA